AUGCCAGGUUUCAAUCUCAGCUACCAGUGGCUGCACUAUACCCGACCCUCAGGGCCACCAUCUCCAGCUCCUGAGGGUCUCGAGCGUCACUGGCUAAAAACACCCCAAGGCCGGAUCGAAGUCCUCUCCAACACACCGUCCAUCACCAGUGAGUCCAAUGGCCCUCCCAUAGUAUUCUGCCACGGCGGAAUGGGCUGUGCCUGGGUUUGGACGGAGUACAUGCAGUAUCUCGCUGCACGCGGCGUUCAAUGCUACGCUGUUUCGUUGCGCGGCCACGGAGAGUCAUGGCAUCCAUCUUACUUCCGCAUGGUCUUUGCGACGCCCAGGAGCGCUCUGGCUUCUGAUCUUGUUGCGGCGAUAGAGUGGGUGCAGACGCGUGAGGAGAGCGAAGUGAUGCUCGUUGGACAUUCCAGUGGCGGCGGUUUGAGCCAGGGCGUUCUCAGUGAUGGGCUGGCCAAUGUUAAAGCGCUUGCGUUGUUGGGAGCUGUUCCAGGAUUUGGAUCAAUGGGCGUGUACUUGAAUUGGUGGAAAAUGGAUCCAUGGUUCACCAUUCGAAUGAUAUUCCAUCUGUGGCACUCCAACUCACCUCUUUCACACCCAAAGCUCACCCAACGCGCUUUCUUUGGCGACAAAUUCCUGCUCUCCGCUGUCAUCCCCUUCCAGCGCCAUAUGAAUCGCUACGAGAGCUAUCUAUGGCCCUUCAGCAUGAUGUACAGCUUCGCAUCUGCAUCAAGUAUCCUUAGACACAUCCGCAACGAGGGCGCUAGCGGCGAAAAGGUUCUUGUGAUGGCUGGGACACAAGAUAAACUGAUGACAGCACCAGUGACGGAAAACACUGCGACGUUUUAUCGCGAGGCGGGAGUUGAGGCGCGAGACGGUGUGAGAUUGCGUUUCGUUGAGGGCGCGGGACACCAUUUACAGAAUGAUGUUCAGUGGAAAGACGGCGCAGAGAAGUUGUUUGAGUUUUAUAAAGGCAUUGCUUGA